AAACACCGUCUUCCCUCCGCCUCUGCGCUCUCUCUCUCUGUCUGAGAUUUGGUCUCCUGGGAGAAAAUCUACACCACAGAAAAGCUUUUUCCAAUCCGAGAUCAAAAGCGCGAACACGUAGCGAAAAUCAAUGGCCAUACUACACAGGAUGGCUCUAUCCUCUCACUACCUCUUCACUUCCUCUCUCCGCCUCUCCCCAAACCCUACCCCAAUCUCGCACUCCUCCUCUCUCUUCCUCUCCCCUUCCAAAACCCCGUUCUCACUCUCCAAAACAGCCCUAGAGAAAGAGAUUAGGGUUUUCGGUUUCUUCAAGAGGAGUAAAAACGGAUUCUCAACGACGUCGUCCGCUGUGGCCACCGAGUCGACCGAGACUGCUUCGGUCGCCGGAGAUAACGCGCAAGAGGAAGUUUUGGUUGAGAAAAUCGUUCUUCCCACUAAUGAGUCGUCGGAAAAGCUUCUCAGAAUUCGCCAUACAUGUGCUCACGUGAUGGCCAUGGCUGUUCAAAAGAUAUUUCCGGAUGCAAAAGUGACCAUCGGUCCAUGGAUAGAAAAUGGGUUUUAUUACGACUUUGAUAUGGAGCCUUUGACAGAUAAAGACUUGAAAAGGAUUAAGAAGGAGAUGGAUCGCAUUAUUGGUCGAAAUUUACCACUGAUUAGAGAAGAAGUUUCCAGAGACGAAGCUCAGAAACGUAUAAUGGCUGUCAAUGAACCGUACAAGAUGGAAAUAUUGGAAAGUAUCAAGGAAGAUCCUAUCACAAUAUAUCAUAUAGGUAAUGACUGGUGGGAUCUUUGUGCUGGGCCCCAUGUUGAGUCUACUGGAACAAUUGACAGGAAAGCUGUUGAGCUUGAAUCUGUUGCUGGUGCCUACUGGAGAGGAGACACAAAUAAACCGAUGCUCCAAAGGAUUUAUGGCACAGCAUGGGAGAAUGAAAAACAAUUGGAAGCAUACGUUCAUUUUAAAGAGGAGGCUAAACGCCGGGAUCACAGGCGCCUCGGACAAGAUCUUGAUCUUUUCUCCAUACAGGAUGAAGCUGGUGGGGGUUUGGUGUUCUGGCAUCCAAAGGGGGCCAUAGUGAGGCACAUUAUUGAAGAUACCUGGAAAAAGAUUCACAUGGACCAUGGAUAUGAUCUAUUGUACACUCCCCAUGUGGCAAGGGCAGACCUUUGGAAGAUCAGUGGUCAUCUGGACUUCUACAAGGAGAACAUGUAUGAUCAGAUGAAGAUUGAGGAAGAACUUUACCAGCUUCGACCAAUGAAUUGCCCUUACCAUAUUUUGGUUUACAAAAGGAAGCUUCACUCUUAUAGGGAUUUCCCAAUCAGGGUUGCGGAGCUGGGAACAGUCUAUAGAUAUGAAUUAUCUGGAAGCUUACAUGGCCUUUUCCGUGUAAGAGGUUUCACACAGGAUGAUGCACACAUAUUUUGUUUAGAGGAUCAAAUUAAGGAUGAGAUAAGGGGUGUCCUUGAUCUCACAGAGAAAAUAUUGUUGCAAUUUGGUUUUAGCAAGUAUGAAGUGAACCUUUCGACGAGACCAGAGAAAGCUGUUGGAGGUGAUGAUAUAUGGGAGAAGGCAACAUCUGCCCUUAAAGAUGCGUUAGAUGAUAAAGGGUGGAACUACCAGGUUGAUGAUGGCGGUGGUGCCUUUUAUGGUCCAAAGAUUGAUCUCAAGAUUGAGGAUGCUCUUGGAAGGAAGUGGCAAUGUUCAACCAUACAGGUUGAUUUUAAUUUACCGCAGCGGUUUGACAUUACAUAUGUUGAUUCGAACUCGGAGAAGCAGCGACCUAUCAUGAUUCACAGAGCAGUUCUCGGAUCCUUGGAGCGGUUCUUUGGAGUCCUCAUAGAGCAUUAUGCUGGAGAUUUUCCAUUAUGGCUUUGUCCAAUCCAAGCUCGAGUUUUACCUGUCACAGACACACAGCUUGAUUACUGCAAAGAAGUGACCAGCAAACUGAAAGCAAGUGGUAUUCGGGUAGAAGUUUGCAGUGGCGAGCGCCUGCCGAAGCUCAUUCGAAUUGCAGAGAAGCAGAAAAUCCCAUUGAUGGCUGUUGUGGGGCCCAAAGAGGUAGAAACGCAAACCGUCACAGUUAGAUCUAGGUUCGGUGGGGAGCUAGGGACGAUUGCGAUCGAUGAUUUCAUUGGCAUAUGCAAGAAAGCAGUUGAAAACAGAACAUCCGUUUGAAAUUUUUGUACAAUUCUUUUGAGUUCUGGAAACGUAGCAGGAAUUUGGGAUGUCAUGUACACGAUCAAACAAUUGGACAGUUUUAUACAAUUGAUAAGAGAAAUUUGUUCCUGAUUUCUGAAA